CAGCAUUUCGGACCUGAAAUGAUGACGUAGACCCAUUAUGCCACUUGGUGCACAAAAUGGUAACAGAGUCAUCGCGACUUGAAAGUCUUAGUAAGCUCUGCCAAACUACAGAAGACAUUCCAAAGGUGUUGGAGCACAUAUCAGGCGUCGUUGCCGGUGCAAUGAGCCUAGACUGGGAAGUGGAGAGCAACAUACUUGUUACUCACCUUGGCGGCAUGCAAGACAACAGGCUGUCCGUGAAUUUCUCGAGCAUACAGGCAUACUCUAAAUUCACUGUGACGUUCCACAUCAAUCCAGUUGUCUACCCUGAGGAGAGAAUUUUCUGUGAAUGUCAGCAUGACAUAGGGGACAUCACGACUGAAAAGGUGCUUGACGCGCUUGCCCAGGUACCACCAGGAUCCAACUACCUGGUGAACAUGGUUACCAUUGUUGAUCAGAUGCUAUACAACCACGGCACAAGGCGCCCAUCCUGAGGACAUCUCCUAGCAGCUACUUCAGCCUGAGUAACAUGAGCCUUGAAUAUUGUAGUGCUCACACUUGUCAAACAGAUGAGGGCUCACGCUCUCUUCGUUCCCUGUAUGACAGAGUAAAUGCAUCACUACAUGAAAGGGCCGAUUGAUUCGAACGUUGUUAUAAUAUAACCUCGUGCAAAGGAAAAUGGGUGGAAAACGUCACGUUUCUAAUUGAGGUUAAUAACACCAUUUCAUUAUGGAAACAUACAAUACCAAAAUUAAUAGGCAGUGAUUCUUGCAUAUGGUCGAACAAUGUUAGGGAUGUAUACAGUAUCCUAUGACAGGAAUGAUCCUGUGUCAAUGCUGUGCCAUUUGACACAUCGUUUUGCUAGCAGACGAGUUACAUGGUCCAUCACUCAAUUUCCUAUAUACCGUACUGUUUUGUGGUGGUUUGGCAUGUGUUUUAGUUGUGCCUCUACAGCAAUGUCAAUUCAUGUAUAUUUACACCAAUCUUGUAUAUGUACAAUGUAAAAAUGUAAUUAAUGUUUUGUAUUAGCUUUGUUAGAAUUUUUCAAACACGUUUUUGCUACCAAAUUGGAAAUGACAACUUUAACAUGUAAAAUUAUGUGACUGUAUGAUAUGUUGGAGUUAACACCAAACAAUAUGGCAUGAAAUCUGAUGUGACUUAGUUUGUAAACUUUCUCCAUCCUAAUAGAUUGUCUUGUACUCCUUAUUUUUCCUUUAAUUCUCCCUUAAACCUGAUUUCUUUUUUAGUUCUACCACUAUUUUAGAUGGAUUAGGAUUGUAUUGCUAUGUUUCAAACUAAAUUAAUAAAUGUUGAAAAUAUA